UUCAAUUACUUUGUGAAAUCUUGCCCAUAAAUUCUUCUGGGUUUGCUUCAAAUUGCAUUCUCCAUCAUUCAUAACCUGUAUUCCACCUCAUUUUAGAUAUUGUUUGUGUUUUUGUAAUUUUUGGCCUGAAGAUCGAUCUGGGUGUGCUUCAGAAUCAGUAAUAUCAUCAUCCAGAAUCUCAAUUGCUUCUGCAAGUAUGGUUUCUUUGACUGGUUCAAUGUUAUUUCCUGCUACUGCACCGCAUGGCUCUACUGGGUCUGCUAGAUUCUCUAUUUGGAGUACGGACACAACCUCUUCGUUCUGCUAUAAUCAGAGAAAGGUUCUCUGCGCUUGUAUGGCACCUCUGCGAAACAUAGGCCGCGAUGAAUAUCGAGCAACCAAAUUCAAUGUGUGACCAGGAUUCUUAUAAAUCAAAGCAAUUAGGGACGGUAUUGGAACCAGAGGAUGAUUCUGAUGUUCUAAUUGAAGGUAAAAAUGUCUACAAGUCAUUUGGGGAUAAGGAUGUACUGAGAGGUGUCAGCUUCAAGGUUGGUGGCUUGGGAGAUGUUGUGACCGGUCUUGGAAAAGCACUAAAAAAGAGAGGACACCUUGUGGAAAUUAUUCUGCCAAAAUAUGACUGCAUGCAAUAUGAUGGUCUUCCUGUUUACUUUAUUGAGCCUCAACACCCUGACAAGUUCUUUUGGAGAGGGCAGUUUUACGGAGAACAUGAUGAUUUCUAUCGUUUUUCGUUUUUCAGCCGUGCUGCACUUGAAUUGCUUCUUCAAGCUGGCAAAAAACCAGACAUAAUUGCCAUGACUAAUUUAAAAUUUGCUUCUGCCUUAAUUUUCUUACAGUGCAUGAUCAUACAUUUUACAACUACGGAAAACUAUAUGAAUGGGUCAUUUGAUUCUCUGUUUGGAGUUUUCUUGAAUAUUUGUUAUUUUCUUUGUGAAUGUGCAUCCAAUCCUAGAAGUCUUUCAUAUUUUAUUGAAUACUUGGGCUGCAUAACAAGAAUGGUGCCACAGAAAGGUGUACACCUUUUCCUACUCCUCUGUCAGUUCCAAGCUUACUCCUCUGGACAGAUACUUUUAGUUUACUUGUUCAUUUCUUUUGUAGAGGGAAUUUGAGGUAUCGCAAAUCACUUUCAGAAUCAUGAGCACAUUCGGCUGAUAUUGAAGAUGAUUAACCUCUUUCUCAUUCCAUUUAUGCAGCAUCUGACAUGUUCUGUCAUCCCAUCUAUCUUUGAGCCUUGUGGCCUUACACAGGUAAAGCUAUCAAUCUUGCCUAUGCAAAUUUUCUAGAAUGGCAAAUAACCGAGUAUUCACUCCUAGUCCAAUGAUAUCUGGUGGAUUUGAGAGUGAUAUCUUUAUAGAUCUCACUUUGAAUCAGUGACCUAGUGAACAUAAAUUAAUAUUUUAGGAUAAUUCUUGGGGCUUGAGGACUCCGGGGGACUUAACAUAAGAUUUUAUUCAUAACAUAUGUGACGUGCUUUUUGCAUAUUCAACAACUUUCCUGAAAUUAUUUACAAGUAUCAUGAUUCAUCAACUCAUUAUUUUUUCUCUCCCCUAGUGUCUUUGAUGUUGAUGAUGAGACAAUUCCUCUUCAGUUUCGAAAUGGAUAUACAUUCUUGAAUCCUGAUGAGCAGGCAAUUGACUAGAGCUGGUUACUUGAUUUUUAUCUUAAUUAGGUUGCUAUACCUAAGCUUUGAGCUAAUAGAACUUACUAGUAUCACCGGUCAAUCAAAAGAUGAGCCUGCAGGCUGCAUGAUCUACAAUACAACUACAAUUAUAAUCUCGACUGUUCUGAUGGUUCAAAAUGUUCCUCUGUUUUGCGAUUUUGUCAGAUUUGUAUUUAACAUGCUAUUCUUGACUGUUAUUCUGAUGGAUAAAACAUUUGCAGGGAUCGAAUGGUGCUUUAGAACUUGCAUUUAACCAUUACAGGAACGAUCCUGAGAACUAUAGCGACGAUUUGAUUUCAACUACCUGUAAUUGUUUCAUUUUCAUGGAAUUUUCUGUGGGAAAUUUAUCCUUUCAGAGUAGAAGAUGACAGUUCUUUUACAAGACAGUCGCAGAGAAGAUGCACUUUUAGCAUGCAAAAAUUACAUUAUGCUUUGAAUUAAAUCACAACAAUUUACAUAUCAUCACAGCCCAAUAUAAUCUGAAGUUCAAACAUAAAAACUCUCCUUUUUUUUCUCAUGUGGGUCAUGGUACAAAUUUCUGCAAGUGUGAGUAGACUAGGGAUACCCAACUAUAACUGGUGGUCUGAGGCUUGGUCUCUUUUGUGGGUCGUGGUACAAAUUUCUCCAAUGUCCUACCUGCAGCUACAAGGCUUUCGUCCUUUUCCAAGCCAUUGGAAAGGCACUUUCUACUGAAGGCAAGGGCCAUGCAGAACGUAGGAUUGACAGGCUUGACGUUUUGGUCGCCAAAUGUUAAACAUUUUUCGUGAUCCCAGAUGGGGAAGAGGCUAAGAGGCCCCUGGUUAGAAGUCCAUUUAUUAUUUUUCUUUUGUGUGCUUUUGAAUUGUGAUAAUUCAGGUAACAAAGCAAGACAUGGAAGAUACAUUUCAACCUCCAUUUAGAAGUUGUGUUCUUGAUGGUAAUGUUGCCAGUGUAAUGUGUUCCUACAAUCAGGUCAAUGGUAAGCCAACAUGUGCUGAUCCAAAUCUUCUUUCUGGGGUCAUUCGAGGCGAAUGGAAAUUGAAUGGAUACAUAGUUUCUGACUGUGAUUCAGUAUAUGAGUUCUUCAAUGGACAACACUAUACCAAAACACCAGAAGAAGCUGCAGCUACACAAUAUUGGCAGGUAUGGAUCUCAAUUGCUGGUGAUUCUUAGGCCAGCACACUGAAGUCUUGGUCCCACUAUGAUGAGUCGAAUAUUGACAAGGCUGUCUCAAAUAAUUUUGCUACUAUGAUGAGACUUGGUUUUUUUUUAUGGUGAUCCUACCAAGCAAAUCUAUGGAAAUCUUGGUCCAAAACAUGGUAUCCACUAUCAUAAGUACCAAUGACAAACAUGAACAUGAGAGCAGAUCCUUUGACGGGCUAUCCAGGCAGAACCUAUAGAUUUCAUACUGGAGAAACUGUUUAUUCAUCCAAGAGCUCCAAGCAUAGCCCAUCUGCAGUGAAUCACUUCAAGCUCACGGUUCUUGACAAAAGUUUCUGAGUCAGCACAGAGACCAACAAUAUCCCAUCCAUAGUCACCUGGGAACUCACUAGUCAAGUAAGACGGAAGCUCACUGGAGAAUGGACAUGGCCAUUGCCCAUGAGCUUAGGGGCAAAUGAGAAGAGCUUCACCGCCUUGCUAGUGGAAGUGGUGGGUGGAAAAGACAAGGGGUCCAAUGGGUAUUAAUAGAUAGUUGGUGAUGGAUUUCCUUAUCUCAGUGAAAUCUACGUUCAUGAUUCCAUAAGAGCGGUAUUUAAAUCUGUCACUUCAUUGGAAGAUGUAGAUUUUAUUUGUUUGUUCUUUUUAUCCGAUAUGAUAUUUUUUGGACCGCUAAAUUCUUAUAUUUAUUUAUUGUUCAUAUGGACGUUUCAUAUUUA